AGAGGCAGAGAGCAGGCAAGGCAGAGAGGCAGUGAGGGUAGCAAGAGAGCCAGCCCCAAAGCAGCCCUGCCUGCGCCUCUGAGCUGGAAUCUGCCAGAGCACAGCCAGCAUGUUGGUCCUCAGCCUGCUUGUCUGGGGAUCUUACCUGCCGCUUCUCUUCUGCUUUGCUUUAUCUCAGACUGCGUACGCUGACAAUGUCUUCUCAAUUUCAGCAGAUCUCCCUUGUUUGGAACAGAAGAAACAGCUCAACUGCAGAGCGUGCUGCCUCCUUGGCCCUCCUCCACCACCCCUGUUCCCACCACCGUACUUCAGACACAGCUGGAGCACUAAGCUGCUUGAUGUGGACAUGGAAGAGUUGUGUCAUGAACUCCAGAUAAUACAGGCUUCUUCUCUGCCUGAAUCACAUUGUCCUUCAGGGCCUCCUGGCCCCCAGGGUCCACGAGGAAUUCCUGGUAUAAUGGGACCAAAAGGGGAGAAAGGGGAGAUUGGCAGGCCAGGAAGAAAGGGUAGACCGGGUCCCCCGGGUGUCCCUGGGAUGCCAGGACCAGUAGGAUGGCCUGGACCUGCGGGACCGAAGGGUGAAAAGGGAGAGUUGGGUGUGAUGGGAUUGCCAGGUACAAGAGGACCAAUGGGCUCCAAGGGUUUUCCUGGAACUAGAGGAGAAAAGGGAUCCAGAGGUGACAGGGGUGACAAAGGAGUCAAAGGAGACCAGGGAGAAAUAGGCUUCCCUGGAAUGCUGGGACAAAAAGGAGAGAUGGGCCCCAAGGGACAAUCCGGAGUACCGGGGCACAGAGGACCUAUAGGAAGACCUGGAAAACGAGGCAAACAAGGGCUGAAGGGAGACAUCGGACCUGCGGGUGUCAUGGGUCCACCUGGAAGGCCUGGUCCUGUUGGCCAGCCAGGCCCUCCUGGACCUUCAGGAUUAGGGCAAUUUGCAAUAGGACCAAAGGGGGAAAGAGGACUUCCAGGACCCCCAGGGAGAUGUCUCUGCACAAACCCACAACAUAUGAGUAACCCAUCAUACGAGGAAUCUGUGUUUGGACACAGCUCUCCGAAAGUUCCCGCGAUUUUUGUGGUGAAUAAUCAAGAAGAAUUGGACCGGUUAAACACUGAAAAUGCCUUAGCUUUUAGAAGAGAUCAGAGAUCUUUGUAUUUCAAGGAUACCUUUGGAUGGCUCCCAGUCCAGCUCACCCCUUUGUAUCCUGUGGAUUACCGCUUUGAGGACAGUGGUACCUGCGGAGAUGGGAUCGUACAGGACGGGGAAGAGUGCGACGAUGGCAAUGCAGUUGUGACCGAUGACUGUAUAAGAUGUCGCCGUGCUUACUGCGGAGAUGGCUACAGGCAUGAGGGGGUUGAAGACUGUGAUGGGAAGGAUUUUGGAUAUUUGACAUGUCGAACGUAUCUCCCUGGGUCUUAUGGAAAAUUGCGAUGCACUUCUUACUGCUACAUUGACUCCACACAGUGUCGAUAUUUCACAUGAAGGAGCGGAGGUGGGUAGCAUCCCACUUGUAGCAGGGUGGUAGGUGCUACACUGUCAUCUAGCCAAGAAGGACUGGGACUAAAAAACACCCCGCCCACCUCCAUGUGAAAACAAAUAGACGUCAUGCUGCUGAUGGCCAUUUUGAGAUGUUUUUCUUUUUUAAAAAUCGUCAGAUUGGGAAAAAAUAGGACCACUGCAUCCUGUCUUAAUAGAGAAAUGUCAAACAGUGUGUGCCAGUAAGACUUCCAUGCAGCUGCGGAUGGCAACUUGUUCUCCAUCACCAAAGCAACAUUAAGCUACUGGAAACUGAGUUUCACCAACCAGGAAUAUUGUGUAACAAUUACCUCUAGUCAGCACUGUUAAACCCAAAUGUAGGCUCUUCAGAGGUUUUGUCUUUAACCCUUCCCAGCAUAAACACGAAGCAUAUCUUGGAUGUGGUGUUUAUAGGGACUUUCUCUUUUAUUACAAUGUGAACUUUGCAAGUGUUGUCUCACCAAUGACUUCAGCGACAUUAAGCUUAACAAUACUCCUUUCAAGGGUGAAAGGAGUAGAGGCCCUUCAGUAAGUGAUUUCAGAAUCAAAUCAACAAAUCAGCCAAAAAAGCUGGUUAACUUCACCUUCAGGCGAAGGUGUUUGUCUGUGUGUGUCUCCUAUGCAUGCACAGAAAUGCAGACAACACAGACCACAACAAAGGACAAACUGCACAAAUAAACUGUGAAAUAGCCAAGAAGUUCUCUCCCAGGAUAAAAUCAGACGAGGAGGGAAGCUAAAGAAGGAACCUAUUUCUGUAUUUUUUACCUCUGUGCGGAGCUGGCUGGGCACUGCCUGACCCCAAGGGGCUGGGACAUCAUCGGUGACCUGUCUGAAAUCACAGCAUCACCACAUGCACAUUGCUUUCGCUCUGGUGUCUACAUUGGAGGGUCUCUUCGUUUUUAUCCCCUUGACCAUCUGACCAUGAUCAUUCAAUCACCAGUUAUACACUGUCCUCUCUCUUCCCUCCCACUCGCUGUUUCCACCAUCGUGUCUGGGAUACUCCCAAGUGUACGUGCUCACUUUUGUAUUGCCAUAAAUCAAAUCUCAGAGUAGCGUGUUUAUGGAUGCUCAUUCAUGUUGUGCAAUGUACAUGUAUUUUUUGUUGUUGUUCCAGAAAGUUCACUCAACUACAGGAAUCAGGGUAAUUAUAUACUUAUUUAUUAGCAAGUAUUAAAGAGCAAAUUUCACGUGGGAAGCCUAGUAAAUGCUACGUGAAAAAGUGUCUAUAAGAGCAAAUGGAACAAAGGAUGUGCAGAAUUCAUGACUAAAAGCCUUAAAUCUAGGCAUUAUUUUCAUACAAGCCACUCUUUUCUGCUUUGUGGUAAAUGUUGCACAGGACUCUGUGAAAUGUGUGACUUAUCUGUCCGAGUGACAGUACUGCAACAGCUGCACUUAAACUGGCACUUCCAUAAAGGUUAAGUAAAUGUGGAUGUUGCUUUAUAAUGAUAAUGCAUCAAAGCAAUCAAGAAAUGCAUGCAACUUUUACUACCUACCUAGAAGAGUUUAACUAUGGAUUUCCAAAAUUAUACUGAAAACCACCAAUCAUUGACAAAAAAAAAAAAAGGAAAGAAAAUUAGUGUACUCUUCAUACCUAUCACUUAUCUGGGCUAUUUGUGUUUUUGUGUUGCUAUGAAGCCAAGGCAUCAGCAUUUGUAGCCCAGUUCAAUAGUUCAAUUUUUUUUAAUUUUUUUUUUUUUUUUUUUUUUAAUUUUAACUGAGGUCUUAAUAAAAGGUCAAGGAACCACUCGGGCAAGAAACUUGCCAUAAACUCUGAAAAUCUGGGCACUGCACAGCUGCCUUUUAAUUUUCUGUGCUUGUGCAAGGAGUGGUUUCCAGCAGCAUCCUGCCAUG